CUUAAGUACGCCCUUUUUGAGAGAUGGAACAUACGGUAGGAUACUCCUCCAAACACCCUAAGCAUACCAUUCGACACCGCUCCAUGUCCACCGCCACCAAAAGACCAUCCAAACACUUGCUUCACCAGUACUUGCUCCUCCCGACCCAAGUCCAAUCCCAUAAUGCUUGGCUCAACUCACAAUGGUGCUCGCUAUGAGCUGACCAGUCCUACCGCCAUGCCCAAGGCCGCCGGUUUCUUGUGGAACCAGAGAAUGAUGAUCCAAAUGACCUGCCGCGGCUACGCUGUCGCCCAGUUCAUGCAGCCCGAGCCGACCAAAUACUCGCAUGCGCCUAACAUCGAAGCAAAGACGUUCAUGCAGCCAGAGCAGAGCUACUAUGCCCACCACCCAGGCCGUUUCGUCUACAUCAAAGAUGAGGAGACUGGUGAUCUGUUCUCGGCCCCGUACGAACCGGUGCGGGAACCAGUCGACCGUUUUUGUUUUUCGGUAGGCCAGAGCGACAUCGUAUGGGCCGUCGAGCAUCUUGGCAUCCGGGUUGAGAUGACCUUGGGUUUGCCCACGCAGGACGUAGCCGAGCUGUGGACAGUCAAGGUCACGAACUUGUCAGGACGACGACGUAAGAUCAGCGUCUACCCGUACUUCUCGAUAGGCAAUAUGUCGUGGAUGAACCAGUCCGCUGAGUACCGUCCGGAUCUCGGUGGUGUCGUCGCGAGCAGUGUGACGCCAUAUCAAAAGGCAACUGAAUACUUCAAGAACAAGUAUUUGAAAGAUAAGACCUACAUGAUGUGUGGAACACCACCCACGUCUUGGGAAACCAAUCAACAGGCCUUCGAAGGUGAAGGGGGUCUGCACGAUCCAUCCGCUCUCAGGGAACCCAACCUGUUGGGCACUGACGCGCGCUACGAAACGCCCGUAGCCGCCGUGCAGUAUCGACUCGCGCUCAACCCAGACGAGCAACGAGAGUACCGCUUCAUGUUCGGUCCAGCAUUUGAUGAUGAGGAAAUUCGAGGUAUGUGCAAGAAAUACCUGUCCAAGGGAGGGUUUGCCAGAGCCGCUCGCGAGUACGCAUGGUACAUCGAGCAAGGCCGUGGAUGUCUCCAGAUUGAGACCCCAGACGAGGAUCUAGACAACUUUGUCAACAACUGGUUACCUCGCCAGGUUUACUAUCACGGCGAUGUGAAUCGUCUGACAACAGAUCCUCAGACUCGCAACUAUCUUCAAGACAACAUGGGCAUGAGUUACAUCAAGCCUGAGGUCACACGCAAAGCUUUCCUCACUGCACUCUCUCAGCAAGAAUCUACUGGUGCCAUGCCCGAUGGGAUUCUCUUGGCCGAAGGAGCAGAGUUGAAGUACAUCAACCAAAUCCCUCACACAGACCAUUGCGUAUGGCUUCCAGUGACGCUGGACACCUACCUGGCCGAGACAGCUGACUAUGCUCUCCUAAAGGAAAAAGUAGAGGGUCCUGAUGGAGAUGAGCUGACUGUGUUUGAGAGAAUCAGCGGUGCCAUGGAUUGGCUUUUGAAGGCUCGUGACGACCGUGGCCUAAGCUACAUUGCCCAAGGUGACUGGUGUGAUCCCAUGAACAUGGUUGGUUACAAGGGCAAAGGCGUCUCAGGCUGGCUCACUGUAGCGACUGGCUACGCACUCAACCUCUGGACCGCUGUUUGCGAACAACAAGGUCACAGCAAGCUCGCUGCACACUAUCGUGAAGGUGUGGACGAACUCAAUGCAGCCGCAAAUGAGUAUCUCUGGGACGGAGACUGGUUCGCACGUGGCAUCACAGACGACGAUGUAGUCUUUGGUACCAAGAAAGACAAAGAAGGACGCAUCUGGCUCAAUCCUCAGACGUUCUCCAUCCUUAGUGGAGCAGCUAACACCGAGCAACGUGCCAAGAUAUUCAAAGAGGUAGAGAAGCAGCUCAGCACACCGUAUGGCGUUACCAUGUUCGCACCACCAUACAGCAAGAUGCGAGAGGAUGUUGGUCGUGUGACACAGAAGUAUCCAGGCUCCGCUGAGAAUGGCUCAGUUUACAACCACGCUGCCAUCUUCUACGUCUACAGUCUCUAUACUAUCGGAGAGCAUGAUCGCGCCUACAAGAUUCUCCGCCAAAUGCUUCCAGGUCCAAGCGAGGAGGACUACCGCCAACGUGGUCAACUACCCAUUUUCAUUCCUAACUACUACCGUGGUGCCUACCACGAGUAUCCACACACGGCAGGCCGCUCGAGUCAGCUUUUCAACACGGGAACCAUCACUUGGGUCUAUCGCUGCUUCAGCGAGGGACUCUGUGGCCUGCGCGGCGAUGCCGAAGGACUGACUAUCCGCCCCAAGCUACCUUCAACGUGGAACUCGAUCAAAGUCACCCGCCUCUUCCGUGGAGCCAAGUUCGAGCUGGAUAUCCGUCGCAAGAAUGGUUUGAGAGAGACGAUGGUCAUGCAUGCCGGGAAGGUCGUGCCAGGGGCUCGGAUUACGAACAUCAAAGCGGGUGCAACGUAUCACUUGUCCGUUCUUGUCCCGCAAUGAAUAUGACAGUUUGGGUUUUUCUUUUUCUUUUUGGCUGGUUGUUUUUUCUUCUUUGGCGCAGGCUUGGAUUACGAAGAUUGUUGGGAGGAUUAAUUACGGAACUACUGAAAGCAUAGUUCAGCCACAAAGCACACACAAUAGAGGCAGCGAGAAUAGAAUAGGGGCAUUCUGGGCAAUUUUCGCAAUACAGGCUGGUGGCUGGGAUAUCGGAAUUAAUUAGAUUGUGGCGAAGCAAUUCCAAUUUGGAUAUUGGCAAUAAUUCGGUCGGCACUUGGAGUCGAUUGCGGGCGUGAACCAACAAUACUCGGUAUCUGCUUUGGCACACACAUUGGCGUUGGGCUUUUUUAGAAUCCAGAUUGGCAAAAUCCCUCAAUGGGUAGACCUGCAUAGAGCAGAGCAGAAAUAAUGCACAGUGAGCUCCGAUUCUACUCCGAUAUGCCACGU